GUGAACGGGUAUAUCUUCGGGAACGGAUCGACCGUGUUGGCGAGAGAGAAGUGUCACUUCCGUGGUGGCGGAGGCCUCUCUCGAUCGCUUCUCUACGGCUCUACGCUGGCGCUCUAUCGAGAGAAUCCGCCUCGUGCCCUUCUCUUCACCAUGAAGAUCCGUCCGAGAUCGUCGAGCCCAGCCAGAGGGGUCCGCACUUAUAUGCGAUGAAUUACAAACACGGCCGGCACACACGGUGCUUUAUAAUAGCGUCCAAACCGUCGUCUAUACAGCGCCUGCUUGCCGACUGGCUUGGGACGCCUUUCGGUAAAAAUAGAUCAUCAGAAAGCGACACCUCAAGAUUCGAGCCGAGCCAACGACGGCCUGUCCGUUAUGGUACGUCCGCGUCCGUAUGGUGUCGUGUACACAGCAAAGUACUACAUGUACCUGGCAAACACCUGCGGGUCACCAAACUGCGAAGACAUUUAAAAACUCGAACUUAUAUAAACACAUACGAGCGGAGCAAGCUAUUACACCGACGCCGUAUAUCGUCUGAGAGGUUUGCUUAUACACCUGAGAUGCUCCUGAAACAUUUAUAAUAUAUUUUUGCGGUUUGGUGCGGUUUGUGCUUAUUUGCGAGUGUACAAGAUGAAUAUGAUAUCAAGUUCACUCGCUGAAAUUGGCGACUAUUUUCUAAAACACAUCGGAAAACUGUGGUAUAUUGUCAGCCCAAAGGAGACAACUUUCGAGUUUCUGCAUGAGGUGCCAGACUAUCAACAACAGAUAUGGAUGCCAUUUUUUCUGCUGUUAAUUUUGGAGCAAUUAACCUUAAGGAAGAAAAAAUUCCGUUUGAACGAUCAAGUAACGUCAUUGUCACACUGGAUGCUCCAUGAAACUAUUCGAAUUUUUUCGCGCGGCGCCGAAUAUUUUGUAUACAUUGCCAUUUAUGAGAGGUUUGGCAGAGGAUACACUUUACCCUGGAACUCUCUGUGGACAUGGUAUAUUACCUUCAUUGCUGUGGACUUUUGUUAUUAUUGGGCUCAUCGCAGUAAUCAUGAAGUUCACUUUUUAUGGGCCUACCAUCAAGUCCAUCACAGCAGCCAGGAAUUUAAUCUUGCGGUUGGUCUGCGUCAAUCCAUUCUCCAACACUGGUGCAACUUUGUCAUUUAUUUACCGCUUGCCUUCUUUAUACCUCCAUCACACUUUAUGGUCCACAAUCAAUUCAAUUUGAUAUAUCAAUUGUGGAUACAUACAACAGUCAUUGGUAAUCUCGGCUUACUCGAGUUGAUUUUGAAUACGCCUAAACAUCAUCGCGUUCAUCAUGGUUGCAAUCUUUAUUGCUUGGAUAAGAAUUAUGGUGGUGUAUUUAUAAUAUGGGAUCGAUUGUUUGGGACAUUUCAAGAGGAAGAACGAAAAGAAGAAAUAGUUUAUGGGCUAGUAGUUAACAUGGAAUCAUUUAACACGUUUUAUCUGCAGAUAUUUUACUUGAAGGACAUAAUCAAGAAAAGUAUAAGUAUGAGUACGUGGGCUGAUAAAUUUGCCGUUUUUUGGAAAGGUCCUAGUUGGUUUCCAGGUGCACCACGUUUGGGUUUAGAUGAAUAUAAAAUAAAGGUGAAACCCAGAGCUGUAUAUGAUCCUUACAUACCAAAAGGACAAAAAAUAUACAUAAGCGUGCAGUUUCUGAUGGCUCUUCUCAAUCAUUAUAAACUAUACAAUCCACAAUAUCACGAGAAUUUACACGAUCCUUGGGUUAUAAUUGCAGUGACGAACAAUUUAAUUGCCCUCACCAGCAUCGGCUUGUUAUUUGAUAAAUGUGCGUUUAUAUAUCCUAGCACCAUUGAAAUGAUACGCUGUGCCUUCUACGUAUACUUCAUACAUAUGUAUGAAGAUAACUUAGUUGGUUAUGCAAUAUAUUAUGUACACGUGUGUCAAUUGGUCUUUAUUUGGAUACCUCUUUUCGUAAAUAAAAUUGGCACGUACCUGUUUCUUCGUUUACGAGAUUUGUGUUCUAUUCAACGAUCUUGAGAAAAAGGAUUGAGAAUUUAUAUAAUCAUUUUAAAACAUAAAUCUUAAGAAACAAAUUAAUUUUAAAUUUAAUAUGUGAAUUAAUAAAUGGUAUUUCCCAAUCGGUCCUGCCUUUUCCAUUAUAAUUCACAUGUUAAGAAAUAUAAUUAGAGAAAUAUGCAUAUAAUUUUGUUUCUUAUGGUUUUUAUCACAUGUAAUAAACAAAUUAUGAUUUAAUGCAUGUGAUUUAUCUAGAUAAGAACGUGUAAAAUUGUUCUCUCGCACUUACAAUUAAUAAUAUCUGAUAAUAACAAUUGAAUAGUAAGUCUAACUUGAUAUCAAAUUCGAUAUUGAAAUUUUAUUAUGCGUAUAUUGAAGUGCUUUUUUAUUUUUUAAUGGAAAUAAUUAUAAUU